CCCCAACACCCGCUACUAUUCGACAAAUCCCCCGACAACCAAAGCUGUCUCCGAUCUGCCUCCGAUAUUCAUCAAUUCGGCAGCCAAAAUCCACCUUAAUCAGCUAGGAGAAACCCAGCCCACAGAUGAUUUCCAUUGCCUCUGACCCUGCCCCUGUUCGUCGCAGCCUGCGUAAUGGCUGAAGGCGAGAGCCAGCAAGCAAAUCGAGAUGCCCUUAUUCCUAGCCCUCACACCACAACUAGAUGGAUCUGGGUGUGGCAUAGAUUGGGGAAGGAAACGGAGAUGGUGACUGCGAGAGGAGGCGGCGCUUCCGAGUGGCGGUACAGAUUUGGGUUUUGAGAUUCAAUCGUUUUCUCUCUUGGGUUUCUAGAUUUCAGUGGGAAAGAGUGGGGUUUUCACCCGUUGCCUGUC